UGAGAGAAGCCAACGCAUUCAGUUAGUUAGGUCGAGCUAAAGCCACCUUUCUCAUUUCCCUCCUCACUUUUCCACUCACACUUCAGAUAGUGCGUGAGACCGUGUCUCACUGCUCUUCAAUCAACGAUCGACUUUGAAGCCUCCAAGUUCAUCAUUCAAACCAAACGCAUUCAUAGUCGCUUUCUCCAAUGGAACCCUCAUCUUCCACGUCGCUCCCUCCAUCGCUUCACCUCGCCAUGGCGGCGUUGCUCGGAGCCUCCUUCAUGGCCAUCUCCGCCUUCUACAUGCACCGCCGCACCGUCGACCACGUCCUCCACCGCCUCGUCGAAAUCCGACGCAAGCCACUCGCCGCUUCCGACGAUGACAGUGAGGAUGACGACGACGAUCUUAGCGGGCUCGGACACGACGACGGAGGAACAGAUAAGGACGCCGAUCCCAGGAACUAUCUCCGAACCUUUUCGAAGUCCGUGGACGAAACAUCAAACGUGCUUCGGAGCUAUAGGUUUUCGUCUUCGAUGCCAAACGUGGUUUCCGCAGCGGAUUGGUUCCCCCAGGACACUAAGAAUCGUGCCUCGUCGCUCGAAAAUCUUCAAUUCGCUCCGCUAGGGCUUCCGUCUAAUCGAACGGGUUCCACCAAUGGUGAGAGUGCUCAGAUUUCGCGUUCGUAUAAGAGGAUAGCUUCUGUUGGUAGAAUUAUGACUCCGAGGUCACCAGGGAGAAACGCAUUCGAAAGUGCUGGGGAUUCUGAUGAGGAGGAAACACAGCUUGCUAAUGACAAUACCCUUCCUUUCUCAGAUGCUUACGGAGUAAAUUCAAACAUGUGCAAUUUGUCUGCUGUUCCAUUCAUAGGUGAUGAUGCAAACUGUGCAACAAAUCAGAUGUAUGGAGAGGUUUCAAAGGAAGCGAAAGCUGGUGCAAAUAUGAAUGUGGUUUCUUCAACUUCUGUACAUGUAGCUGGGGAUGACCGUGUGUUUGCCAAUAAUGUCUCGCCUGCAAUAAUCCCUGUGCAUGAGACAAAUAUAGAAGAGGAUGAAGUAUGCAAAAUGAUUCAAGAGUGCUUAGAUUUGCGUGAGAAGUAUGUUUACAAGGAAGAUAUUGCAUUGAGGACAGAACCAGUGGAAACUAACUUUGACCCGUAUCAUUUUGAACCAGUUGAAGCAACAACACACCACUUUAGGAUGGAAGAUGGAGUCAUUCAUGUUUUUGCAAGUAAAACUGAUACCGAAGAGCUCUUCCCUGUUGCGAGCUCAACAAGAUUUUUUACAGAUAUGCAUUACAUUCUAAAAGUUAUGUCUAUUGGCAAUGUUCGCUCUGCAUGCUACCACAGGCUACGAUUUCUUGAGGAAAAAUUCCGCCUUCAUCUGUUACUAAAUGCAGAUAGGGAGUUUCUGGCUCAGAAGGGUGCACCACAUCGGGAUUUUUACAAUAUCAGAAAAGUUGAUACUCAUAUUCAUCAUUCAGCUUGCAUGAAUCAGAAGCAUCUUGUGCGCUUCAUCAAGUCAAAAUUAAGAAAAGAACCUGAUGAGGUUGUUAUCUUUAGAGAUGGAAAGUAUAUGACACUUAAGGAGGUUUUUGAGAGUUUGGAUUUGACUGGAUAUGAUCUGAAUGUUGAUUUGUUGGACGUGCAUGCAGAUAAGACCACAUUCCAUAGAUUUGACAAAUUCAACCUUAAGUAUAAUCCUUGUGGACAGAGCAGACUAAGAGAGAUAUUUUUAAAGCAGGAUAAUCUUAUCCAGGGAAGGUUUCUUGCUGAAGUAACAAAGGAGGUUUUGAUAGAUCUUGAAGCAAGCAAAUAUCAGAUGGCUGAGUAUAGGAUAUCUGUCUAUGGAAGAAAACAGAGUGAGUGGGAUCAGCUGGCUAGUUGGUUUGUUAACAAUGCUCUUUACAGUAAGAAUGCUGUCUGGCUAAUCCAGUUACCACGGUUAUACAAUGUGUACAAGAAUAUGGGAAUUGUUACCUCCUUUCAGAAUAUUCUGGAUAAUGUGUUUAUUCCUCUAUUUGAAGUCACAGUGGAUCCAAAUUCUCAUCCUCAAUUACAUUUGUUUUUGAUGCAGGUGGUUGGAUUUGAUCUUGUAGAUGAUGAAAGUAAACCAGAAAGGCGUCCAACUAAGCACAUGCCUACUCCAGCUGAGUGGACAAAUGAAUUUAAUCCUGCAUAUUCUUAUUACCUUUAUUACAGCUAUGCAAACUUGUACACGCUCAACAAGUUGCGUGAAUCUAAGGGAAUGACCACAAUAAAGUUGCGGCCUCACUGCGGAGAGGCAGGUGACAGUGAUCAUUUGGCUGCCGCUUUCCUUCUGUGCCAUAACAUUUCUCAUGGGAUUAAUCUACGUAAAACUCCAGUUUUGCAGUACUUGUAUUAUCUUGCACAGAUUGGAUUGGCUAUGUCACCACUUAGCAAUAAUUCCCUUUUCUUGGACUAUCAUCGCAAUCCAUUGCCAAUGUUUUUCCAGCGAGGUUUAAAUGUCUCUCUCUCCUCCGAUGAUCCUUUGCAAAUUCAUUUGACAAAAGAGGCACUGCUAGAAGAAUAUAGUGUUGCAGCAAAGGUAUGGAAGCUCUCAGCCUGUGAUCUGUGUGAGAUAGCUAGAAAUUCUGUCUACCAGUCUGGAUUUUCAAACCAGGCAAAGUCACACUGGCUUGGGGAAAAAUAUUUGUUGAGAGGUCCUGAAGGAAAUGAUAUCCAUAAAACAAAUGUCCCCAGUUUGAGGAUUUCUUUCCGAUACGAGACAUGGAAAGAGGAAAUGCAAUAUAUUUAUGCUGGUAAAGCCAUCUUUCCUGAAGAUGUAUACCCAUAGGGGAAUUUACCAUUCACCCCGUGAUAACGCAUACUUGGGUACUGUGAUCAAUGUUCUCUUGGGCAGUAGAAGCUUUGGCAGUGAGAAGUUUUUGUAACAUCCUAGUAUUUGUCUCAUAUAAUGUGGACCGCGUAAUUUUACAUGGUAGAGACACUUAUGACAGUUAUUAUCAGAAGUAACAAGAUCAGCAGCUCAUGUGCUUUUGCAUGGUAGAACAAGGUAUAAAGCCGGAGAAAGUAAAAGAAGUGGGCCUGUAAUGCACUGUACAGUAACGCAUGGUGACAGAUUUAAAAUUUCUUAUGACUAGAUUAGUAGUUAUUACAGUACAAUUCGUUCUUUAUGAAUGAGUGAAUAGACAGAAUGAAAGGUCCUCUCGAAUCUCGUUUA